UUUCACGGCUGAUGUAUUUGCUUUCUGUGCUUCAUUGACUUGUUUUUUGUUAAGCGAGAAAUCCAUCAUUAAAAUAUGAUGUUGCGAAGCCCAUUUUCCUACUCCAAUGUAUUUUUCACACAUUCUAUCUUAAUUGGACAGAUUGGCCUUCUUUUGCUAGGGUACUUCUUCCACCCGUUCUCUAUCUCAGGCCAUUCCACCCUCUGAACAUUAAGUCAAACGUCUUAGGAGCUACCGUAGACUAUUGAUAAUUCUCAUCUCUACUUGAAAUAGGUUUCUGAUGGUUGAAGGGUCAUGAUAAGAGGAGUUUGACCUUCUGUUGCUCGAAUCUUGCAUAUGGAUAUGUUACUGGAAUUCAUCUUCCCUUCAACUUGAUUUUCAUGGGGAGGCUAACUGGUAGAUGAGAAGCAAGUUUCAGAUCAAGGUCUGGUAACCAUGUCGUCUGCCUCUUGGCUCGCAUCUCCUGAAUGUUCAGCCUCCAUCAAUCAAUCCCCAGAAAGUGCUUCAACUGCAAUCCAAUGGCUGAGAUUCAUCUUCCUGUCUCCAUGCCCGCAAAGAGUUAUCUUUUCAGCCAUUGACAUUCUAUUCUUAUUGACUGUUGUUGUGCUCGCAGCUCACAGGCUCUAUUCUAGAUUCACCUCAAAAAACAAUGUGAAUUCCUCCAUAAAUAAGCCCCUUCUUGAAACCAGCAAGGCUCAUUUCAAAGUCACUGUGUGGUUCUAUUUGACUCUGCUUCUAACAGCUUUGUUAGCAAUAAGUUACACGGUGCUAUGCAUUUUAGCCUUUAUUCAAGGUACCCAAUCUCCAUGGCAGAUUGUAGAAGCUGUGUUUUGGUUAGUUCAAGCGAAAACGCAUGUGGCGAUUGUGGCACUGGUUGCUCAUGAGAAAAAAUUUGAAGCUGUUACUCAUCAUAUGUCUCUUCGGAUCUAUUGGGCGACAAGCUUUGUUGUUGUGUGUUUGCUUGCUGCUUCAGGUAUCACCCGAUUUGUGACUGUUGACGGCAAUGUUGAUCCAACCAUGAAAUUGGAUGAUAUAGUUUUCUUUGUUGUUCUGCCAAUAUCGGCAUUUCUUUUUAUUGUUGCUGUCCGAGGAUCAUCUGGAAUUGUUAGAGAACCAGAAUUGGGGAGAGGCUCAAGUUCACAAGCAACUGAUCAAACUUCAGGGAUUCCUAAUGUAAGUGGCUACGCCAAGGCCUCCUGGUUCUCCAAAGCUACUUGGCUUUGGAUGAGUCCACUGCUGAGUAAGGGAUACAAAUCCCCGAUAAAGAUGGAAGAAGUUCCUUCACUCGCACCUGAGCAUCAGGCUGAGUUAAUGGCAGAACUUUUUGCAAGGAAUUGGCCUAAGCCAGAAGAGAAUUCUAAGCACCCUGUGCAGACCACAUUACUCCGUUGCUUCUGGAAGGACAUUUGUCUCACUGGUUCUCUUGCUGUUGUGAAGUUGGUUGUUAUGUAUAUUGGUCCAAUGCUAAUUGAUAGUUUUGUUGAUUACACUUCUGGGAAGAGAAGCAACCCCUAUGAAGGAUACUAUCUGGUAUUGAUUCUUCUAGUUGCAAAAGUCACAGAAGCCCUUAGUUCCCAUCAUUUCAAUUUCCACUCUCAGAAACUAGGCAUGCUAAUCCGGUCCACGGUCAUCACUGCUUUAUACAGGAAGGGUCUAAGAUUAUCUAAUUCGUCCCGUCAAGCUCAUGGGGUAGGUCAGAUUGUGAAUUACAUGGCUGUCGAUGCUCAGCAGCUCUCAGAUUUGAUGCUGCAGUUGCAUUCACUCUGGCUAAUGCCACUCCAGCUUAUUGCUGCCAUACUCCUACUGUAUUAUUACAUGGGCCUCUCGUCAAUUGCAGCAUUGGUUGCAGUUGCUGCAGCUGUGAUCUUCACUCUGAUUCGUACCAGCAGCAACAAUGUAUUCCAGUUCUAUUUGAUGAAACAUCGUGAUUCAAGGCUUAGGGCUACUAAUGAGAUGCUAAGCAAUAUGCGAGUAAUCAAAUAUCAAGCAUGGGAGGAACAUUUCAAUCAGAUAAUUCAAAUGUACCGCCAGGAGGAGUAUGGAUGGCUCAGCAAGUUCACGUUCUCCAUUGCUUGGACCACAAUCGUGCUCUGGGGCAUGCCUGUUGUUCUAGCAGCACUUGUUUUUGGGGUUGGAAUAGCAUUGGGAACCACACUUGAUGCUGGGACAGUUUUCACAGCAACUACAAUUCUUAAGAUUAUACAGGACCCUGUUCGGAUGUUCCCACAAGCUCUUACUGCAGUUGCGCAAGCAUUCAUUUCACUAGGAAGGAUGGAUAGAUUUUUAACCAGCCAGGAAUUGGACGAGAGAGCAGUGGAGAGAGUAGAAGGUUGUGGUGAUAGGAUUGCAGUGGAGGUGAAAGAUGGAACUUUUUCUUGGGAUGAUGAAGGUGAAGAUGCAGUUUUGAAAGGUGUGAAUAUAGAGAUCAAGAAAGGGGAGCUUACCGCAAUUGUUGGAACUGUUGGAUCGGGCAAAUCCUCUUUAUUGGCUGGAAUUCUUGGAGAGCUAUACAAGAAGUCAGGAAAGGUCAGAGUUUGUGGGACUACUGCUUAUGUGGCACAAACAUCUUGGAUACAGAAUGCUACUAUCCAAGAUAACAUCUUGUUUGGCUCACCAAUGAAUAAGGAGAGAUACAACCAAGUGAUCAAAGUUUGUUCCCUGAGGAAGGAUUUGGAAAUAAUGGAGCAUGGUGACCAGACUGAGAUUGGAGAACGUGGAAUCAACCUUAGCGGCGGCCAGAAGCAGAGGAUACAGCUUGCUAGAGCUGUUUAUCAGGAUUGUGAUAUCUAUCUUCUUGAUGAUAUAUUUAGCGCUGUUGAUGCUCAUACAGGGUCAGAAAUAUUCAAGGAAUGUGUGAGGGGAGCUCUCAGAGAUAAGACGAUUGUACUUGUCACACACCAAGUUGACUUCCUUCAUAAUGUUGACAGGAUAUUGGUCAUGAGAGAUGGGAUGAUAGUGCAAUCUGGGAAGUAUCAUAAGCUUCUUGAAGCUGGUACAGAUUUUGGUGCACUUGUAGCUGCCUAUGAAUCCUCCAUGGAGCUUGUGGCCAUGAGCACCAACACUGAAUCCAGUGAUGUUCCAACGACGCCAGAUUCACCUGAUACCCCAUUCAGCCGGGGCAUUUCAUUUAAUGAAAACAGGACUUUGGAGCGUUCUAAGACCUUGGAGCGGUCUAAAACUUUGGAGAGGUCCAAGUCUGAAAAAGGUGUUGCGAAGCUCAUUGAAGAGGAGGAGAAAGAAACCGGCAAUGUCAACUUAGAAGUUUACAAGCAGUAUUGCACCGAGUCAUAUGGAUGGUUGGGAGUUGCAGGUGUGGUACUGGUUUCAAUUUUCUGGCAGACAUCUCUUAUGGGAGGUGACUACUGGCUGGCAUAUGAGACUUCAGCAAGUACUUUGUUUAAUCCUCCUCAGUUUAUUGGGGUCUACUCAAUCAUAGGAGCAAUUGCCUUGAUUUUUGUGUUGAUAAGAGCAUACAUAGUUGCAUAUAUGGGUCUCAAAACAGCUCAGAAGUUAUUUGGUGAAAUUCUUAAAAGCAUCCUACAUGCUCCAAUGUCAUUCUUUGAUACUACUCCAUCAGGAAGAAUUUUAAGUCGAGCUUCAACUGAUCAGACUGCUGUUGAUUUCGUGAUUCCCUUAUAUAUGAACAUGGUCCUACUAUCAUACUUCAGUUUAUUCGGCAUUCUGGUUAUUACAUGCUUAAAUGCUUGGCCUACAGUAUUCCUUGUAAUUCCACUGCUCUGGCUGAAUGUUUGGUACCGGCGAUACUACCUUGCAACAUCCCGGGAGUUAACUCGUCUUGAUGGAAUUACUAAGGCCCCAGUUAUACAUCACUUCUCGGAAACCAUAUCUGGUGUUACGACUAUCCGCUGCUUCCGGAAGCAGGCAAGUUUCUUCCAGGGAAGUGUUGACAGGGUCAAUGCAAAUCUACGCAUGGAUUUCCACUACAAUGCAUCAAAUGAAUGGUUGGGGUUGCGUCUGGAACUGAUUGGAACCUUUUUCCUCUGUGCUUCCACUAUUUUCAUGGUGUUGUUGCCAAGUACAGUUAUCAAGCCAGAGUUUGUUGGCUUGUCUCUUUCCUAUGGCCUUUCCCUGAAUGUUGUGAUGUUUUGGGCAACAUACAUGAGUUGCAUGGUUGAGAACCGGAUGGUUUCAGUUGAGAGAAUGAAGCAGUUUAUAAAAAUCCCAUCCGAAGCUCCAUGGAGGAUACCUGAUUGUCUUCCUUCUCCGGAUUGGCCCACCCGUGGUGACAUUCACAUGAAGGACUUGAGGGUUAGAUAUCGAGCAAAUACUCCACUGGUUCUCAGAGGUGUUACUCUCCACAUUCAUGGAGGAGAGAAAAUUGGUGUUGUUGGACGAACUGGGAGUGGGAAAUCAACUCUGAUCCAGGUUUUGUUUAGGCUUGUGGAGCCUGCAGCCGGGCAAAUUAUGAUAGAUGGGGCUGACAUUUGCACAUUGGGUCUUCACGAUCUCAGAUCUCGGUUGGGGAUCAUCCCACAGGACCCAGUGCUUUUCGAAGGAACAGUGAGAAGCAAUAUUGACCCCAUUGGCUUGCAUACAGAGGAAGAAAUAUGGAGGAGUCUUGAACACUGCCAACUGAAAGAUGUCGUUGCUGCAAAGCCUGAAAAGCUUGAUGCUUUAGUGACCGAUGGUGGAGACAAUUGGAGUGUGGGACAGAGACAACUUCUGUGCCUGGGGAGGGUCAUUCUGAAGCAGAGCAGGAUUCUUUUUCUGGACGAAGCAACAGCAUCGGUUGACUCCCAAACAGAUGCUAUAAUUCAAAAGAUCAUCCGUGAAGACUUUGUAUCAUGUACAAUUAUCAGCGUAGCCCACAGAAUACCCACCGUUAUGGACUGUGACAGAGUGUUGGUUAUGGAUGCUGGACGGCCAAAGGAAUUUGAUGCUCCAUCCCACUUGAUGGAGAGGCCUUCCUUGUUCGCCUCUUUGGUGCAGGAGUAUUCCAACCGAUCAGAUAUAUGAACGCGAACUCGGAACAAAUCUCUUACUUUCCUUGAGUUAGUUUAGGUGCCCAAGUGGGAACUCUCUCUCUUUUUACUUCUUGUCUGUAUCUUCCUCGUAGGAUCUGUCUGCAAAUAACAGGCUUGAUGUACCAGAAGCAGACUCAGUUUUCUUGGAAGAAUGUGACAAUGUGUUACCUCCUAACUUAGUCGAAAUAAUAUUUUUGUUUCUA